AUGAACCCCGCUCAGGAUAUACAUGGCCCGGGCCUUAUUGGUGCCUUCCUGAACGUAUUCCUGUUGGGAAUCGUAGUCACUCAAGUCUUCUAUUACUUCACAACAUAUAAGAAGGAUCGUCUCUGGAUAAAGGCAUACGUUGCUGUGUUGGCCGUAGCGGACCUGGUCAAUUCAAUCUUCGAUAUUUACUGGCUGUAUGUCGAUCUCAUUGAUGAUUUCGGGAAUUCCGCCGAUAUCAGCGUUGCGGACUGGCGCUUCGCCACUGACCCUGCUAUGGUUGGGAUUAUCGCCACCCUUGUGCAGCUCUUCUUCGCGUGGAGAUUGAAGGUGCUCACGAACAACUGGUGGAUCACCGGUCUGGUCGUCUUGACCGCCAUCGCUUCCUGCUGUGGCGGUCUCGGCACCGCAAUUGCUAUCCAUUUCGUCAAGCAGUACAAGAACUUCUACAAAUUCGACUCAAUCGUUGCAGUCUGGCUGGCUUCUAUGGCUGUCUGCGACACUGUCAUCGCAAUUGCUAUGACAUGGCGCCUCAAACGGCACAAAACAGGUUUUCAGCAGACGGACGAUGUCGUGAAUAAGAUUAUUCGACUCACGGUCUCGACUGGAGCUAUCUCGGCCAUAUGGGCAAUAGUUGAUCUCAUCUUGUUCUUGAGUGUUCGAACAGGAGUCCACCUCGCUCUGAACUUGCCGUUAGCCAAGCUUUACACCAACUCUCUCUUGUCGAGUCUCAACUCGCGCUCCGGCCUUAAAUUCAACACCGAGGAAUCGGACGGCGAUAGGCAGAACAUGGACAAGCCUGUCAAGAGCCAUGCUGCGCCCAAAUUCCUACAACUGUCAUCAAGCGGCGCACGCCAAGAGGUAUGGUCACCCGCACUCGCAUCGCUUAGCGUCCUGAAAGCUGACGUCACGGAGCAGGUCGUGAUUCACGUCGAAUCACACGAAAUGGUCGAUGUCCCGGACGAUGCUAAGUGGCCCGUAGAGACACGCGGUCGACGCACCUCGGUGCCUGUGUAUAAGGUGCAAAAUAUAGUGUAGCCCUGUGUCUCUCACCCGGUGCCAGUGUCCGACUUUAUUCUUUUUCUUGUUGUACCUUGGAACGCUCAGCGACUGGAGCUGCCGCACUUCCUCUUCUUGAUACAUUAGGAUCAUGUGCAUGUAUGUACGAUACAGCUCGUAUUAAAUGAAUGUCUGCUUUUAUUUGUCGCU